AUGUUGCCGUCCCUGCAAAUUCUUGGUUUGUGGAGAGGUGCUCCUUACGUAGAAUUAAGUGGUACAAGUGUGAUCCAAUCUCAGAAUUUCAACACUGUUAUCGAAUUUACUGGAAAAGGUUGGAUUUCUGGAGAGAAACACACGUUUUCUAGCGUGGUACGCCGUAAUGGUUCGAAGGAUCCUUUGUUUACUGCUUCUGGAACUUGGUCCGGGAAAUCCACUUUAGUGAACCACAUGACCAAUGAAAAAUCCGUUUUCCUUGAUGUGGGAGCUAAACAUAGAGCCACUCCUAUUAUAGAACCAAUAGAGAAGCAAAAUGAUUUAGAGAGCAUAAAGCUAUGGCAACAUGUUUCAAAAGCAAUAAAUGAGGGUGAUUUUUCAACAGCUUCUAAACUAAAGGGUGAAAUUGAACAACGUCAACGUGACAAAGUUAAACGUGGAGAAGCAACUGUUCUACAAUAUUUUGAUUGGAUGGAGGAAGAUGAAGAGUUUUUAUCUCUUUAUAACUUGAUUGGUAGUAAACUAAAUUUAGAAAAUAAGCAUAAAGAAAAGGGAAGUUGG